ACAUGCACACUUCGGGGAAACUUCCUGCCUGGAGUGGCGGCGGUGGCGGCCGCUAUGGGAGGCGCGCCCGCUCCCGCCGGCCCCGCUCCGCCCUAGGGCGGGCAGCCCCGCGGUGCGGGACGGCUGCGGCCGCGACCCCCGCCCCGCCCUGACCUGACCCGCCCCGCCCCGACCUGACCUGACCUGCCCCCCGGGGGAGGCGGUGCCGGCGRGCGCGACCGCUCCGCCGCUCCCCGUUGUGCCCUGGGAGGCGGCGGGGGCAGGAUGAGAGUGAACGAGAGCGAGCUGAACAGCUCCGUCCUCCCGCGGGACCCGCCGGCCGAGGGCGCCCCGCGCCGCCAGCCCUGGGUCACCUCCACUUUGGCCGCCAUCCUCAUCUUCACCAUCGUGGUGGACCUGCUGGGCAACUUCUUGGUCAUCCUCUCCGUCUACCGCAACAAGAAGCUGCGAAACGCGGGAAAUGUGUUUGUUGUAAGCCUGGCAGUUGCAGACUUGAUAGUAGCUAUCUACCCUUAUCCACUGGUCCUCACAUCUGUGUUUUACAACGGAUGGAAACUGGGAUACCUACACUGCCAGAUUAGUGGCUUCUUGAUGGGCCUAAGUGUCAUUGGAUCAAUCUUCAAUAUUACAGGCAUCGCUAUCAAUCGGUACUGCUAUAUCUGCCACAGUCUCAAAUACGACAAGCUGUACAGCGACAAGAAUUCAUUGUGCUAUAUUGUUCUUAUAUGGGUCCUAACGUUUGUUGCUAUCGUGCCCAAUCUGUUUGUGGGAUCGCUGCAGUACGACCCCAGGAUUUACUCAUGUACGUUUGCRCAGUCUGUGAGCUCAGCGUAUACGAUAGCGGUCGUGUUUUUCCACUUCCUGCUCCCCAUAGCUGUGGUUACUUUCUGUUACUUGCGAAUAUGGAUCCUCGUUAUCCAGGUAAGGCGAAGGGUUAAGCCAGACAACAACCCUAGGCUGAAACCACAUGACUUCAGAAACUUUGUAACCAUGUUUGUGGUGUUUGUACUGUUUGCAGUCUGCUGGGCUCCUCUGAACUUUAUAGGCCUUGCUGUGGCUGUCAACCCCAAAACCGUAAUCCCUAGGAUUCCAGAGUGGUUGUUUGUAUCUAGUUAUUACAUGGCRUAUUUCAACAGCUGCCUUAAUGCCAUAGUAUAUGGACUCCUGAACCAGAACUUCAGAAGAGAAUACAAGAGAAUAAUUGUUACUUUUUGUACGGCAAAAGUUUUUUUCCAGGAUAGUUCUAAUGAUGCAGGAGACAGAAUGAGAAGUAAACCUUCUCCACUGAUUACAAACAACAAUCAGGUGAAGGUGGACUCUGUCUGA